CCGACCGAGCUCCCCGCCAUCCGCCUUGCUCAGGCCGACCUGCCCCUGUGCCGCCAGCGCGGCCCGCUGCCGCGGGGCCUCCGCCGGAGCUUCUCCCGCCCGCGCCCAGGCACCGCCUCCGCGGCGGUGCCGCCCCCUCACCGGCCCGGGGCCAGGCGGCGGUCGCUAUGGCGGCGGAGGGGGACACGUUUCUGAGAGCCCGGGGCAGGACUCUGACCGCCUUCCGCCAAGAUGAUGAGUACCAAUGGAAGGGGCCCUUCUACUUCAUCCAAGGAGCAGAUCCUCAGUUUGGACUGAUGAAAGCUUGGGCAGUUGGAGACACUAACAAUGGGGAUGAUGAAUGGGGAGAAGAAAUCAAAUUAGCAGAGCAAGCAGUGCACGCCAUUAACAAACUAAACCCUAAACCCAAGUUCUUUGUGUUGUGUGGAGACCUUAUCCAUGGAAUGCCAGGAACUCAGUGGAGAAAGGACCAAGAGCAAGAUUUAAAGAACGUUCUGAAGAACACUGACCAGGACAUCCCAUUGGUAUUUGUCAGUGGAAAUCAUGAUAUUGGCAAUACUCCAACAAGAGGAACAAUAGAUAAUUAUUGCAAGAACUGGGGAGAUGACUACUUCAGCUUUUGGGUUGGAGGUGUUUUCUUUCUUGUGCUGAAUUCUCAGUUAUACUUUGAUUCUUCCAAAUGCCCUGAGUUAAAGCAAGCCCAGGAUGUGUGGCUCAAUGAGCAACUGGCUGUCGCUGAAAAACAUAAAUGCAAGCAUAUAAUAGUAUUUCAACACAUCCCUCUGUUUCUGAGAAAACCUGAUGAAGACCACAAUUAUUUCAACUUGGAAAAAUCAGUUCGUCAAGAGAUAAUGGAAAAGUUUCAUAAAGCAGGCAUUAAAGCUGUAUUUUCUGGACAUUAUCACAGGAAUGCUGGAGGGUCCUACAGAGGACUGGAAAUGGUGGUUUCAUCAGCAAUAGGAUGUCAGCUGGGAGAAGAUACACAUGGGCUUCGAGUGGUUGUUGUCACAGAUGAAAAGAUUGUUCAUAGAUACUACAGUUUAAGUGAACUGAACAGCCGAGGCAUAGAGAAAGAGCUGCUAGAUAUGCUUGCUAAGCAAAAUUAGGCUUUGUCAAAUGAUGUGAUUUUUUUCCAUAUUAGACAAAUAGAAACAGUUUCAGAAAGUUUCCCCAAGCUGAAGAUAGAGAUUUCUGAUAGUACACCAUGCCCCAGAACAGCUCUCAAUUUGUUAUUGUCCUAAAUAAUAAGGAAGUUAUUGACAUGUUUCUCCUUUGAAGAUGAGACCUAUGAAGAAUAUGGAUGAAAUAGCAGAACUAAUAUGGUACUGUACCAUUGAAAAUAUCUGCUCUGAGAAUUUUUACUUUGCUCCUAGAUAAAACUUUCUUAUUAGAGAGAAAGUGGAUCAAAAAAGUGAGAGUUGUAGGUUCUAGAUAACCCUUUAACUCAAGUCUAUUUUAGUUUUAGAUUUGAGAGGGUAUUUUUAAAAUCAAUAAAUUUACUAAUUUCUGUUACACUCUGGACAAUAUAAAUGUGGCAUUUUUUUACUCUGUGAAAACAAUCUCAAAAACUUUGAAAUCCACAGCGUCCUACCGACUUUUAGCAACCUUUGGAUCAGAUCUUGUUACCUAGACAUCAUACUUUCUCCCAUUUCCCAUACUUUAUUUUCUUAGCUCUUCAGAGCCAGCAGCCAAAGGAGAGCAAACAUAUUCUGUUUUGUAGCCACAGCUUGGGUUGCUGUUAUAUCCUAGUUUUAUAUAAUGAACAGUCUAUAAAUGAAGCUGAUAUAGAUGCCACUGACAGAAACUAAACAUGGAACAACUAUUUUCCUUUUGAAAUUUAACUACCAUUCAGUUAGUAUAUAUUCUUGCUAUAGCUUCAGAAGUUGGAAUAAUUGCAUGGGGAGAAUAGUCUGUAGAGAGUACUGUUAUCAGAAGUCACUACACUGUUUCCUAGCCAAGGGGAGAGCUUUGACUUCCAAAUGCAAUUUAAGAGCGCCUUACUGUAAUAUUAUAUUGAAUAUUAAAUGUUGAAAACCCUAAAAAGUGUAUUUUCUUCACUGGCCUAAGUCUUUAAAAAUCAACAAUAUAAAAGGAAAUUUAUGUGCUGCAAUUCACCUACUUUUUUUUAGCAAUUAUAUCUGAUCAGAUCCCCAGAGGACAUCACAGCUAUUUAAAUACGGUGAGAGAGAUGAAAUGCUGUGCUGAAGAGUUGAUUUCGUGACAUUUUAGUCACAACAGUUUAUCUAGGAGGCUCUGUCCAGCUUGAUUGGUGGGGCUCAUGUGGUUCUAAAUGUACCUCUGUAGCAUUUCCUUGUACCAGUGAAACAGCUGUACCUGCAAAUGGACAGGACCAAGUGUGGCCUACCAUCCCAUGACAGUAACCUAAGCAUAGGUAAUAUUGAGUCAGAAAGGAAGAAAAUUAUUUUGGUUUUGUUCUCCACCUGGUUUCACUUAGUUGAACAUUUUCAGAGUUUCAUUUUCAAGGGAACAUCUGGGAAAUGAGAACUAAAAUUUUAGGCUAGAUUACUUUGAAAUGGGUAGGUAUGUAAGUACCCAAAUGGAAGUUUCAUUGGAAGUUAAGCAUCUAUUAGUUCAGUUAGUGGCUUUAAAAAAAAAUCUCUGUACUUAGAUAUCUUUUAAGCCUCUGACUACUUUUAAAAUUUGGUCUUAUAUAGGUGGAAGCUAUUUAGUAAUCACAGCUCAUUAACAAUUUCAAGAAUGAGACGAUGGUAGUUUGUGUUUUGUAGAGGGUAGACUAGUCUCUCUCUGUCUUCAGUCUUUUAAGUCAGUUUAAAUUAUAAGGCUGAAGAAGUUCAGCAGAGGGACCUGAAAUAAUCGGAGCAUGGAAUAGUCUCUCUGCUCUGGCACAAUGGAGGAAAAGUUUAAACAGUUGGGUUUUUAUGAUAAGCCUGUUUACUAAAGGACAUGAUUUUAACUAAAUAUAUGAAGCUUGGGAGAUUGAAGCAUAACUUUCUCCCACAGUCUUUCCACAACUAUGAAAAUGCUAAUAGUAAUAGUAUAUACUAUUCUCAAAUUUUAUUUUCAGAGUUACUGUGUACUAAUAUACAAAAGAAAUAUUUAUAUAAGCGUAAUUUUAUUUCUUCUGUUUUUUCCACUUUUUUCAAGUGUCAUUUUACCAUAAGAAAUACUAUGGCAUUUUGUCAUGAAAAUAUCACUUAAGUACAAAGCUGAAGUUCAAUUAAAAAAAAUUAAGGUUUCUUUAUGUCCAAAAUUCCUCAUUUAUUUAGUGAUUUCUAAGACUAUCUUGUUAUGUUCAUGUGUGAAAAUAUUACCAGAUUUGCCUUCAGUUUGGAGUUAUGUAAGAUAGUAAAGUUGGGCUGCUGUUUUUUAUUAAAUGCCUCUUGUCCCAUAUAGGAUUCUGGAAGCUAACAACAGCGUUGCGUAGCGACACAUGUUAUGUAGGCUCUGGCCUGGAUUUCUGUCCCACCUGUUGUGAGGAUGGGUAAUCACCAAGUAAUGUGCUUCCUAUUAUUGGCUACUGAACUAGAUCGUAAAAUAGAAAAACCUAGGUAUAUUCUCACAGACUCGAUAACAAAUGUGAUUAACUUCACAGGAAGAAGAAAACUACUCUCCGAGUUUUAUGUUUGAAACGUGGAAAACAUUUAUUUUGGUUCUCACCUUGCAAGUGUUCAAAAGGAUGAAAAUUAAAAUGUCAGAGAUGA